UACCCAGCAGGCACUGAGAGGGAGGUGGAGGACGAGAAGGAUCUGCCCAGUGUCAGAGAGGGAGCACUGAAGAUCACACUGCAUGUCCUAAAUAACAUGAACCACACAGAUCUCGCUAACACACUGCACAACAAGUCUAUAGGUCCUGUAUAUCAGCCAAAGUUGAAGUCCAAGCUGAGAGAGAAGUUUAAAAGAAUUAAUGAAGGAAUCUCACAACAUGGAAGCUCAGCACUUCUGAACGAGAUCUACACUGAGAUUUACAUCACAGAGUGUUGGAGUGGAGACGUCAAUAAUGAACACGAGGUGAGACAGAUUGAGACAGUGUCCAGGAGACCAGCAACACAGGAGACACCCAUCCAAUGUAAUGAUCUCUUUAAAGACAAGUCCAUCAGAACUGUGCUGACUAAAGGAAUAGCAGGAAUUGGAAAAACAGUCUCUGUGCAGAAGUUCAUUCUGGACUGGGCUGAAGGAGAAGCAAAUCAGGAUGUCACCUUCAUGUUCCCACUUCCCUUUAGAGAGCUGAAUCUGAUGAAGCAGCAAAAUCUCAGUCUGAUGAAUUUUCUUUAUCACUUUUUCCCAGAAAUCAGAAAACUAGCAAUGAUUAACUGUGAUUAUUACAAAGUCCUGUUCAUCUUUGAUGGUCUGGAUGAGUGUCGACUUCCUCUAAAUUUCCAGAACAAUGAGCUACUGCUUGAUGUGACAGAGUCAGCCUCAGUAGAUGUACUACUGACAAACCUCAUCAAGGGGAAUCUGCUUCCCUCUGCUCUCCUCUGGAUAACCUCCCGACCAGGAGCAGCCAAUCAGAUACCUUCUGAAUGUGUUGACCAUGUAACAGAGGUACGAGGCUUCAGUGAUCCACAGAAAGAGGAGUACUUCAGGAAGAGGAUCAGUGAUCAGAUCCUGGCUAAUAAAAUCAUCAGACACCUGAAGUCUUCAAGAAGCCUCUACAUCAUGUGCCACAUCCCAGUCUUCUGCUGGAUCUCAGCCACUGUUCUAGAGAGAAUGUUGGGUGAAGCAGAAAGUCGAGAGAUCCCCAAGACUCUGACUCAAAUGUUCACACACUUCCUGAUCUUUCAGAUCAAACACAAGGAUCAAAAGUACCAUCAGAAAUGUGACCCUGAUCCUCAGCAGACCAGAGAGAGUAUCCUGGCACUGGGAAAACUGGCUUUCCAUCAGCUGGAGAAAGGAAACCUGAUCUUCUAUGAGGAAGACCUGAGAGAGUGUGGCAUUGAUGUUAGAGAAGUGUCAGUGUAUUCAGGAGUGUGUACCCAGAUCUUCAGAGAGGAGUUUGGGCUUCACCUGGGGAAGGUGUUCAGCUUUGUCCAUCUGAGUGUUCAGGAGUUUCUGGCCGCUUUAUACGUAUAUUUAAGCUUUAUUUUUGAAAAGACAAAUGUGCUUGUGGAGAAAAGCACUGGAAUUUUAAUUUUCUUCAGAACUCCAACCAUUUCUGAUCUCCUCAGGAGUGCAGUGGACAAGGCCUUACAGAGUGAGAUUGGACACCUGGACAUGUUCCUCCGCUUUCUUCUGGGUCUCUCACUGGAGUCCAAUCAGACUCUCUUACGAGACUUAAUGCCACAGACAGGAAGUAGCUCUCACAGCAAACAGGAAACAGUGGAUUACAUCAAGGUGAAGAUCAGGGAGAAUCCUUCUCCAGAGAAAUCCAUCAAUCUGUUCCACUGUCUAAAUGAACUGAAUGAUCAUUCUCUAGUGCAGGAAGUACAAACUUACAUGAAAGGUGUCGGUUACAGACUUCUCAGUGGAACCAGUCUCUCUCCUGCUCAGUGGUCAGCUCUGGUGUUUGUGUUACUGAACUCAGAACAGGAGCUGGAUGAGUUUGAUUUGAGGAAAUAUGAUCCAUCAGAUGAAUGUCUUCUGAGGCUGCUGCCAGCACCUCAACAUGUGGACCCAAUGCAUUUCCUUGUGUCCCUUGCUCCACUGUUUGGUGUCCAGAAGGAUGAUGCACCCCUAUUGGGGGCUGUUGGCAUCCAGAAGGAUGAUGCACCCCUAUUGGAGGCUGUUGGCGUCCAGAAGGAUGAUGCACCCCUAUUGGAGGCUGUAUGGCUGCUCAUUAGUCUGUGGAAGUGUAACCUGACAGAGGAAAGCUGUAGAGUUCUGUCCUCAGUUCUCACCUCAAACUCCUCCAGACUGAGAGAACUGAGCCUGAGUGGAAAUAAACUGCAGGACUCAGGAGUGAAGCUGCUCUCUGAUGGACUGAAGAAUCCACACUGUACACUGGAGAAA